UGUACUUGUAUUAAAUUAAAAAGUGAGGAGAUAUAACAAUAACAAUAAUAGAAAUAGUAUUUGUUGUUUAUAUGUGAAAAUGGCACCUUCAGUUUUAGCUGAAUAUGAUGAUGAUAGAUCUUCUUCUUCUUCUUCUUCUUCAUCAUUUUCAUAUAAAAAAGUUUGUGUAAUGGAUGCUGGUGGGACUUUAGGUUCUGCACUUGUUCAUUCUCUUCUUGAAAGAGGCUAUUUUGUCCAUGCUGCACUUCACACUAAUGUUGAGAUGCAGGUUGGAGAGAAUAAGAAUUUGAGGGUAUUUGAGACAGACCCAUUGGAUUAUCAUAGUAUAGUUAAAGCUUUGGAAGGGUGUUAUGGAUUGUUUUACUCAUUUGAGCCUCCAUCUGAUCAGCCAACAUAUGAUGAAUCGAUGGCUGAAAUGGAAGUAAGGGCGGCACAUAACGUAUUGGAAGCGUGUGCUCAAGUCGAUACUAUUGAUAAAAUUGUGUUUACUUCAUCUGCCACUGCGGUAAUUUGGAGGGAUACCACUGAGUCGACGCCUUCUUCGUGUGAUGUUGAUGAAAGAAACUGGAGCAAUGUUAAUUUCUGCAAGAAAUUUAAGUUAUGGCAUGGGUUAUCGAAAACGUUGGCAGAGAAGACAGCAUGGGCACUAGCCAUGGACAGAGGGUUGAGUAUGGUUUCUGUAAAUGCAGGACUGUUGCUGAGCCCUGACCUUACCAUCACACAUCCGUAUUUGAAAGGGGCAGCCGAGAUGUAUGAAGAUGGUGUUUUUGUUACCGUUGACCUUCAAUUCCUGGUCAACUCUCACCUCUGUGUAUAUGAAGAUGUUUCUGCAUAUGGUCGGUAUCUGUGCUUUAAUCAUGUCAUCAACUGCAAUGAGGAUGCCUUGAAGCUUGCCCAGAUCUUAUUACCUCCAGAUGUAUCUUCACUUCCACCAAGUAUGACAGUAGGGGAAAGUGGGAUGGUGGAACAAAGAAUAAGCAACAAGAAGCUUAACAAGCUACUGGUUGACUUUGAUAACGAAGCACCCAUUCUAAGCGAAUGAAUUUGAUACAAGAUUGGAUAUAUUCUAUAGAUUAGAUCAGAGAUUCAGAAUAGAUGAUUUGAUCAAAAGAUAAACAAAUCGCAAGUGCAUUGUAUGUGCACAUUUGAUGUGGUUACAAGUUACAACCUCAUUCAUGCUUAAAUAUAUAAAUAUAUGUUGUUUAAUAUUCUUUUA